AGCGUGUCUAAAAUUAGCCCCUUGACAGUGUAGCAUUUUCCUGUCACGCUCAAUGUCUGUUAUAACAAAGUUCAUAUUGUGCAGUUGAGCUUUAUUCAUUUUUCCUUUUUUGCACUCCUUCUCUUUUUCAACGAUAAUAAAAAAGAAAUUGGUUAAUCUCCAUAGAAGUGGAAUCCCCCAUAUGCAAUCGUACCUUACCACCUUGCGAGGCAUGUCUAUAAACCUCAAGAAAGGAAUCUCAGCUCGAUGAAUUCGACCUGACGAAGCAAAGAACACCUCUGAGAUUUCUGGUGUUAUUUUAGGGCCACGCCCACGUGCCUGGUAAGAGCUUCGUGCUUGCAGGACGCCCAAAGCAAAGGAACAAACGCCCAAGAACUGCUUCGUGCCGAGCCCUCUCGCGGAUCGGCUAGAAGGACGUCGGCGGCGAGCGCAUACUUAUCGCAUUGUUGUCUCCCUGAGUCAGCGGUUGGCAGCGGCGCCCCAGGCACUUUUAGUAACGGGCGACGAGGGCGAGCGAGGGCGCGGCGCGGUGGCGCGGCGCAGACUAGCCCUUCUCCACCUCCUUUGCCGCGCGCGGGUUGCCGGCUGACUUGGCUCGGCUUGCCUUCGCUCGCCGUCUGGCUCGCCUCCGACGUGGCAGUCAGUCUUGCUGUGGCGCUGUGCGGUGCGGGUGUCCAGAGCUGCGCUCGUGAGAUCGGUCUCUAGAAGGUAGUAGCGCCUGAGUGGCACAGUGCGGGUCGGCGCAGCUUCUGAACCCCGCGUCUCUCUUGCAGCUCCGUCGGCGCCGCCGUCGUGCGUUGGUGUCACGACACAAUGGAAAAUUACCGGAAGCCCACCGUCAACCGCUACUGGAAGCGGCCAAAGCCCAAGGUGUACGAGUGCAAUGUGCGCGACGCCGAGCGCUUGUACCAGCAGUCGUACCAAGACUACCUGAAGGAGAAGGAGUUCCGCGCCGGGCGCGCCACGUCGCUGGGUCUCGAGCCCACCUUCUACUCGCACCUGGUGGCCGGCCCCAUCCGGAGGGAGACCUCCAAGCCGCCGCCGGCGCCGCCCUCCUACAAGGCCCAGGAGGCCAGGGAGUCGUCAGCGGAGGCUGUCACCAAGCUGAGCUCACACGAGGUCGUGUCCUCGUACGACCCCGCAAAGGAGGCGGCGAGCCUGGAGGAGCGCCUGGCGCGCAUCAAGCGGCUGCGCGAGGAGCUGGGUCUGCCCGGCGAGACGCAGACGGGGUCGUCAAGGGUGACCACCUCGCUCUCGCGCGAGACCCGCGGCGGCGCCUCCGAGUACGAGAGCUCGUACAAGGCUGACAAAUCUUCGCGCGCCAACGGCGACGACUCGUACAGCUUCAAGUCGGAGCGGACGUCCAACUACUCGCGCCCCGGCGCCGACGACUCGUACAGCUUCAAGUCGGAGCGCUCGAGUAACUACUCGCGACCGGGCAUUGGCGAGGAGUCCUCGUACAGCCUCAAGAGUGAGAGGAGCUCCCGCGCCGGCGCUGCCAACGGCCUCUCAAGCGACGACUACUCCUUCAAGUCGGAGCGCAAGGCGACCGAAUACAAGUCGUCGCCGAAGGUCGAGCGCAAGCAGCUGGACUUCGACCUGGGCUCCAAGUUCGACCGCAAGGGCCUCGACAUGUCGCCCAAGCUGGACCGCAAGAGCGACGACUACUCGUUCAAGUCGUCGGCCGCCUCAUCCAGCUCGUCCCGCGCCCGCAAGAACGUGGUCGAGAAGCUGGACUUCGACGACGACGAUGUCGACGUCAUGAGCAUGAUGAAGAAGAUGCCCUCGUCGCAGGAGAUCCUCGACCGCAUCAGCAAAAUGGACCUGGACGACUGACUAGACUCCCUGGCGCUGCAAGGGCGCGCGGUUGACUCGCCGGGCCGAGCGAGGAGCAAGGCGCAGUCGGACGAGUGACGGGGCCGCGGAGGGCAAAGGUCGAGGAACAGCAACGUUGCGAAUUCCCUGAGGAGAAAGAACAGUAAACUUGCGAAUUGUCUUAAGAGGACGAACUUCAUUGCGAAUCCGUUGACAGGAAAGAUCAGUCAGCUUGAUUAUGAUCAUCGCCCAAUUGAUUGCAGUGUGAUGACGUCACGAUUCCCCUUUAUAUUAUAAUUGUGAUUUUUUAUGGAUUAAGGCUCAAAGGUUAUCAUUACAACGGUUUUU